ACGGUGGAACUGCAGUUAGGAAGAGUCCUAGGUUUAGCUCCACACAUUUUUCUCCCGAGCAGCCUCUCCCUCUUUAACGUAACCCGCGCUGACUCUCUCGUCUCUCUCUUCUCUAUGCGCUCUCCGCUCCACUGUCAACUUCUCCUAUCUCCCAACAAGAAUAAUUCAAUGGGAGGGCUACCUCUCUAGCCCUAGCCCUUGCUCCUGCUCCAUUCCAAACAGUUGGUCACCUUGAAGGUAAUUCACAAUAAUCGCCCGCCAAGUGGCUGCCCUGCUCUCCUCUUCUGCUCGAUUCAACUUCCAACUUUGAGUGAGAUUGCUUCCUAGUUCUAACAUGAAUAUAGUCAAGCAGCUCGUGCCCACAGUGAAGCGAUUGAAUGAUGUCACAAAGUAUUGUCGAGCAUCAUGUUCUUCUUUCAUACAUUCAUCCCCAAACUUCUCAGCACAAGUUCAUUCUCCAGACCAGGAGAUAGUGAUUGCUUUGGGAAGCAAUGUGGGUGACAGACUGCAUAAUUUCAAUGAAGCCUUGCAGUUAAUGAGAAAAUCGGGCAUACACAUCACAAGACAUGCUUGCUUGUAUGAGACAGCACCAGCCUAUGUGACUGAUCAGCCUAAUUUUCUCAACUCUGCUGUUAGAGCUGUUACACAACUUGGGCCUCAUGAGUUGUUAGGAGCACUGAAGAAAAUUGAAAAGGACAUGGGUCGUACUGAUGGUAUUAGGUAUGGUCCCAGGCCAAUCGACCUGGAUAUAUUGUUCUAUGGAAAGCAAAGAAUCAGUUCUGAGAUUCUUAUGGUCCCCCAUGAAAGAAUUUGGGAAAGACCAUUUGUAAUGGCCCCACUAAUGGAUUUGCUGGGUUCAAGUAUUGACAGCGAUACAGUUUCUUGUUGGCAUUCUUUCUCAAACCAUUCUGAUGGGCUUUUUGAUUCUUGGGAGAAAUUGGGCGGUGAACCACUCAUUGGAAAGGAAGGACUAAAGAGGGUUUUGCCUAUUGGAAACGGCUUUUGGGACUGGUCAACGAGAACCUCGGUAAUGGGUAUCCUUAAUUUGACUCCAGAUAGUUUCAGUGAUGGAGGAAAGUUUCAGUCUGUGGAGGCAGCAAUUUCUCAGGUCCGUUCAAUGAUUUCAGAGGGGGCAGAUAUGAUUGAUAUUGGCGCACAGUCUACACGGCCAAUGGCUUCUAGGAUUUCAGUUCAACAAGAACUGGAUAGACUAAUUCCUGUCUUAGAAGCAGUUCUUGGGCUGCCUGAAGCAGAGGGAAAGAUUGUAUCUGUGGACACAUUUUAUUCAGAAGUUGCGGAAGAAGCAGUCAGUAAGGGUGCUCAUAUUGUAAAUGAUGUAUCUGCCGGGCAGUUGGACUCUAACAUGUUAAAAGUCGUUGCUGACCUUAAAGUUCCUUACAUUGCAAUGCACAUGAGGGGAGAUCCAUCGACAAUGCAGAACAGCGAGAACCUGCAAUAUGAUAAUGUUUGUAAGCAGGUUGUGUCUGAGUUAUACUCAAAGGUGAGAGAAGCUGAAAUAUUAGGCAUCCCAGCUUGGAGGAUGAUAAUUGACCCUGGACUUGGAUUUUCAAAGAACUGUGAACACAAUUUGGAAAUCUUGAUGGGGUUACCAAAUAUUCAAGCAGAGAUUGGGAGGAAAAGUUUGGCUUUGUCUCAUGCGCCCAUACUAAUUGGACCUUCGAGAAAGAAAUUUUUAGGUGAAGUUUGUAAUCGCACUGCUGCAACUGAGAGAGAUGCUGCUACUGUUGCUUCUGUCACUGCCGCAGUCCUGGGCGGAGCAAAUAUUGUAAGAGUACAUAAUGUAAGAGAUAAUGUAGAUGCUGUAAAGCUGUGUGAUGCAAUGCUGAGACAGAGGAGAUCUAUUCCUCCAAGUAAUAAAAAAUGAUGACAACUCAGCCCAUGAAAAGCAUAAAAACGGAGAUUGGAGCAAAGCAUUUGGUAGCCGGGAAUAAUGCUCACAAAGAGAGAAUGGAUGAGUUAGCAUCUGUUUUCAGGUGCAAUGUAGGGAGGCUGCCAAUGAAGUAACUAGGACUCUCAGUUUUACUUUGUCUUUGUUUCUGUGACCAACCACAUAGGGUGCUAUUACAAUUUUCAGAGGAAAGGAUAAAUGAUAUUUAAGAAAUGCCCUGCCCAUGCCCAGGCCAGGUAAUUGCAAUUA